AUGGAGCCCCAGGGUGGCUCAGCUUGGGUGGAGGUAGCGGCUAAGGGACAGAAGGACGACAAGAACUGUGUUGGUAGUAAACAAAACAUUUGGGAUUUUCUUUCGAUAAAGCGGCGUUCGCUGGAGCGUGACUCAAAAAGACCGAGAAUUAUAAUAUCAACAUGUAUUUCAUUUUCCUCAUAUCUAUCUAAAUUUGUUAAUACUUACCCGCUAAUUGGUUUUCGUCCUUUCAUAUCUAUCUAUCUAUCUAUCUAUCUAUCUAUCUAUCUAAAACUUAUUAUCUAUGUUAUUUCUAUGAUUUUCGCAAAAAAUAUAACUCCGCUCUUCGGGAACAAAUUGAAUCAUUUGAAAUUAAUAACAUCUAUCUAUCUAUCUAUCUAUCUACCUAUCUAUCUAUCUAUCUAUCUAUCUAUCUAUCUAUCUAUCUAUCUAUCUAAGAAUCAAUAUCUGUCUAUCUAUCUAUCUAUCUAUCUAUCUAUCUAUCUAUCUAUCUAUCUAUCUAUGAAGUGCUACCAAAAAGUUCAUGCGUUUCUAUCUAUCUAUCUAUCUAUCUAUCUAUCUAUCAAAAUUGUAAAUUAUCUCCCCACUAUCUAUCUAUCUAUCUAUCUAUCUAUCUAUCUCAGUCCAUAUCUUUCUAUCCAUCGAUCUACACUCGGGUAUACUGCUGAGAAAAUUAUCACUAUCUCCAAGAAGACAUUAUGA